AUGCAAGAAUUGGAGAUAAAGAAAAAGAAAUUGACGACUAGAAGCAGCGAGCUGACGUUAGCGAUUGAUAGGCUUAAAGCGGAGAUUGAUAAGGCAACUCAUAAACUCAGGUUUAGCCAUGAUAUAGAAAUGAUGUUAAGCUCAGAUAAAGGUGGGAAUUUUACGUUUAUGCAUCUGAUCAUUGCGUUCAUUAUUGGAUUUUUUAUUGGAUAUUUAUUUUCGGAAAAUAAUUUUUUUAAAAAAAAAAAUUAAUAUAGUUUUAAUUAAUCUUAAUUUGUUAAAUUAUGAUAGUCAUUUAUUUCUCAAUGCAAUCAUAUAA